AUGUCAGGCAUUAUAAUCCGCCUAUUGCUCAAAAUUCACAAUGUCAACCAAUCAGAUUCCGGGCUUUACCAAUGCAUCAUCAAAUGGCAGAACAGCACCAGUGCAGGGCAUGUGACGCAAAUCAACGUGACUGCAGGUCGGAAUGAGCAGUUCACAGCUGUAUCAGCAGGGAGAAUUACUUUUUAUAGAUUGUUGGUUUGUGCUGCAGCCAGUCUGUGUUUUCCUCUCCUUUUUAUCGGACUGGCCUGUUGUUUUUCAUCCAAUGACACAAAUGCACCUCCAGUUCCUCCACAUCCCCGAAAUAACACUUCUGCUCGAGUGAAACCUGACACAGAAGUAAAGUAUGCAAUGUUAGUCCUGAAUGGUCGCAAGCACCAGAAUCAAGCUCCAGCUGUGGAACCGACCGUCUACUCCACCCUGAACUUCUCCGUUUGACUACAAUGGCUAACUACACUGUCUACUAUUCUGUCAGGAUCAUUUUAACAGGAUCACAGUUAUAAAUGCUUGCAUGGAUUUUUAAAAAUCAGAUGGUUAUAAGUUAAAACACCAGGACUCGAAGCAAGUCAAUGUUACGCUUUAGAGUAAUACUGAACCUGUAGUAACGUUCAGCCUGUAAUAAGCCUAGGAUAAAAGUAUACAUUUUUACUGUUGUCUUUUUUAAGAUAAAGAACAAAGCUUGUACAGUGGUGUGAAAAGUAAUUGCCCUCUUUCCUAUUUAACUGGAUGCAAAAGCUUUCUAUAACACUGUUAGUUUUUCACAAUGCUUGGUGGAGGGGUUACCCUGUUUGUCUUUGUAGAAAUCAGAUUAUUAUUAUUAUUAUUAUUAUUAUUUUACCUUAACAGAGGUUAGAGCAUAGGUUUAGUGUUUUUUUCACAUGUACAUGUUGGCUUUGCUUCUAAAACAGGUAAUACAAGUCAAAUGACAUUUUAUUAAAU